CUGACGUCAUAUUAUCGCGUCUUCAUCUGGGCAUGUAAAUAUCCCGUGGUUUUAUUUAUCGUGAAUUAAUUUUAUAGUGUUACGUUCUUUCGUUUUGCGUGUAUAUUUAUUUUUACAUAUGUAACGUUAUGUAUUUGUGCAUCUAAACUGGACGCCGUUGUCAUGAUGGCUAUCACAAAAAUGUCAACGCUGUCAAAAUGAGGAAGUCCCGUCGUAUUGAAUGUGUUUUUGAGGAAGUCUUCUUCAUCAUGAGGCUUCUGCUAUGUGUGGUUUCAUCUGAAUGAUUUUCCUCUGAUACGUGACAUUUGUUUGGGGAAGGUUUUCUCAGAAGCUGGGGUUUUAAAGGAUCGGAGAUGCUGAAUGUGCCGCCUCAGCCUUUCCCUGCUACUGGAUCCCAGCAGAGGGUCGCACCCGCCGGACAGUCCAGGAACAAGGUGGCACUCAAGCCUGGUCACAGUCUCCUGGACUGGAUCAGACUGACCAAAAGUGGGCGUGAUUUGACCGGACUGAAAGGUCACCUGAUCGAGGUGACAGAGGAGGAGCUGAAGAAACACAACACCAGAGAUGACUGCUGGACGUGCAUUAGAGGUAUGGUGUAUAAUGUCAGCGCCUACAUGGAUUUCCAUCCUGGUGGAGAAGCAGAGUUAAUAAGGGCUGCUGGGAUUGACAGCACUGACCUCUUUGACCAGGUGCACCGUUGGGUGAAUUACGAAUCCAUGCUGAAGGAGUGUCUCGUUGGGAGAAUGGCAACAAAACCCAACCCUGCUCUUCAAGUUGAGACAGAGAAGCCGGGAAGCACUCAUUUGAACGGUCUGUCUGUUCCUCCACCCAUGAGAUUUGAAUUCUCUGCUGCUCCUCUACCAGUAAAAGAUCAUCGCCCUCGGUAUGAUUGGUUUCAGACAGAUGCCACUGUAAACUUUGUUGUUUACACCAAACGAAAGAUUCCCAGCUCGGGCUGUGCGGUGGUGGAUCUACAGAAUGAUACACUUCGGGUGGAGAUGCUCUUGGGGAAGAUGUCAUAUCUGCUCCACUGGCGCUUGUCCAGUGAAGUUCAAGAGAGUGUUGAUGUCCAGACAGCCCACUCUGUUGGAAAGGUUCAAGUCUGUUUGCAUAAAUCGGUUAAAACCAAGUGGACACAAGUCGGGCAACCACUAGAACACCACGAUUCAUUUAUUCAGUGUAAAGAUCGUGGACUCUUCUACAGGGAAUGUGUUUUAGUUUCUAAAACAGAAGUGACACACAACACGCAGGUCUUAUGUUUGCAGCUUCCCGCUGGGUCAUACGUGCAGGUUCCUGUGGGAAGGCAUGUGUACCUCAAAACCUCCGUUCAAGAUACCGAUGUGGUGAAACCCUACACACCAGUGGAUCAGACUCUUAUGUCUUCAACACAAUCCAGCGCAGAAAUGGGCUCAUAUAUACAUCUCAUGAUAAAGGUCUAUCCUGAUGGGUUGCUGACGCCACACAUUGCCAACCUUCCCAUUGGAGCCUCUCUAUCAAUAGGUGGUCCCGAGGGGUCUUUCACUCUGCGUUUCCUGCGUGAUGUCACUCACUUGUACCUGUUAGCAGCUGGCACAGGAUUCACACCCAUGGCUCGUCUCAUACACUUGGCCCUUCAGGACUUCACUUCAAUCAGAAAAACUAAGCUAAUGUUCUUCAACCGUCAGGAGAGGGAUAUACUUUGGCAUUCUCAGUUGGAUGAACUUUGUACAAAAGAGGAAAGGUUUGAGGUAGAGUAUGUUCUCUCAGAGCCUGUAGACUCAUGGGAGGGCAGAAAAGGACGGAUAGACGCUGAAAAGCUGCAGGACCUGUUAGAAAGACCGGACAACUCCAAGUAUUUAGUGUGUGUGUGCGGCCCCGCUGGAUUCACAGAGCAAGCAGUGCAAAAGGUCAGACAGUUGGACUUCAGUGAAGAGGAGAUUCACGUUUUUCAGGGCUGAUAGGGACACUUGUAGACUAUCACUAUGCAUAUAAAAUGCACUUUCCAGUAAAAAAAGAUGAAACGGCAACACUGUUGGACCUCUGCAAUUUAAAGGAUGGAAAAGUUGUGGCACAAUGAAAAUCAUGCACUCAAAGAUUUUGAACAAAACAUUUCUGUUGUAGGCUUUUUCCCCAUUGGCUAUAUAUUAGCCAAUCUUUAGCAAGGCUGAAUAAUUCUGUAAGUUUUGUUCUGUAUUUGUAACAGAAGAUCAUCUAUAUUUUAUUGUGAAAACGUCACUGUCUAUAAAGACACAGUUCCUUGAGCUGAUUAUUUGUCAGGGUGUAAUGCUAAAAGAUGUCAGUGGAAACAGUUGUUCCAUAUUGCUGUGCAAAAAUACUGUAUAGCAGAAUGGUCAGUAUAGCUGGUUGCAAUGCCUUGUGUGACUUCAGUGUGAACACUACAAUUCACACAGUUUUAAAACAUGUUAAUGUUAAAGCCAAAUAAAACACUUUUGCUGUUUUCCUGUUAAAUGGGACAUUUAAGAAAAAAAAGACUUCAUAAAUUUUCUUCAUUAUCCUUUACCUUUCCUCCUUAACAAUCCUCAUGCUUUUUCACAACUAUUUCUGUUUCUUUUUUCUCACCAUGUGCAUGUGUUUGUCUUGUCAUAUAAGUGUCUUAAGAAGCCCUUAACAUACAGUAAGAUGAUCUUUUUAAACUCUUUUUAAAAACAAAAGUGAAACGAUAUCUUUUCAAAUAGCCCUGCUGUGGUUCACAUCUACACAAUACAAUAACUUAAAAGCACAUCCUUAAAAACUUUAUAGUUCAGUUGAUACAAUACAUUAUUAUAGGUCUACAGUCGAUUAUUCAGAAAACUAAAUUAAUGUAUAAUUUUAUUCUGAACAUUUGGUGUAGCAUCUGCAACUGCCAUCCAUAUGUUUAUACAAACAUCUCACCACUUCUCUCAUAUCCUUUAUUCCUUAUUGCUUAUAUAAGUCUGUUCACAUUUUCAUUGCCAUUGUAUAGUUGUGGAUGUCUUUUGAAUCACGUCUUCUGGAUUAUUGCUUUGCCUUGUGGAUUAUACACCAGUGUCUGAACAUGGCCUGGACUUUAACCAUGAUUUCAGUUUCACAUUUUGGAUCUUUAAUAAAUCUGGUACUUUUGGAUUCAACAUGUACAAGUGUGGGUUUGUUACAGUAGCCCACUUUACUUGAAUGGAGGUAUACUUUAAAAGGGUGGUUUGAUGUUUCUAAUGCUUUAAAAUGAAUGAAUGAAGAAUUAUAUUUAAUGUAAUAAACGUGUGGUAUUAUAUCCAAAACAUCAAAAUUUUAAACAAAACUUAUUACUGCAAAUGAUUUGUUGUUUUAACUUAAAAAAAAUUAGGUUACCCAGCUGCCUUAAAGUUUUUAGUUAAUUCAACUGAAAAAUAUUAGUUAACCUAACAAUUUUGCAUCAAAUUCAUGUAAUAACUAAUACUUUUUACGUUGAAUUAACGCAACAUUUUAAGGCAGCCUGGUAACUUAAUUAAUUUUCUACAUUUCUCUAUAAUUAUAUUUUGAUAUUAAGAAAAAUUCAAUUAAAAUAUCUAAGUUGCAUUCUCUUGUUUUUUUUUGUAUAAUAACAAAACUUCUUACCCCAUAAUUGUUUGAUUUGGAACAAUAAUUAGAAUGUUAUAAAUAAACAGCUGACAGGUAUUUUUUGUUUUCUGUUAUUUUCCAAAUUUUUUGUUAAAUUUAAACUCCUAAUAUGGUUUGAGUUUGCAAUUACAUGUUGCCACACUUUCUGGACUUUGUGAAUUAAUGUGUGUUAAUAUUAUAAAAUUAUGUUAUAAUUUUCCUGGAUUUCACAUCUAAUUAAGGUGGUGUAUUACUGAUUAUACAAAUGCAAAAAUUGUUUUCAAAAACCAGUGAGUCACAGGAUAAAAUGUUUGGAAUUUGUGUUUCCAAGACAUUAAGUGCGGGUGGAUGUGUUUAGGAUUUCUAUAGGUUUCAUUAAAAUAUAACAAUAAUUGUUUAAAUUAUUUACUGUAUCAUUGUAUUUACCUGGUAAAUGUGGUUACAGUGUUAAAAAUAUAUUGAUUUGACUUGUGUGUUUUUUAUUUGAAAGAUUAAACUAUUUCACGUUGUUUGAUUGUAUACUUUUUUUUGUAUUGUACUUUUUUGUACUUUUCGAAAAGAUCUGUUUUUUUGUUGUUUUGGAUUCUUAUUAUAAACAUCAUAUUGAUAAAUGUUGAAAAAAGACGUUGUAUGCUUAAAAUUUGAGUUUUGACAGUCUCAUGAAGUUGUUAAUAAAGCU